CUAUCUCUGCCCCCCGUCUCUUCACACCCACGGCUAAUCCAAGCCGAUGAAACAGAAAGACUCAAACUUUACCGAACACUGAUCGAAUCUCCGCCAUGGAUUUCGUGGAACUGGAGGCGAUCGAGGGCCUCCGAUGGUCCUGGAAUUCAUGGCCGCCGUCAAAAUCCGAGAGCACCGCCCUCGUCAUCCCUCUCAGCAUCAUGUGCACGCCGCUGAUGCAGCAGGCCGAGCUCCCGAUACUCCCCUACGACCCCGUCACAUGCCUCCGAUGUGGCGCCGUUUUGAACCCCUACGCCCGCGUCGAAUACCCUUCUCGCAUCUGGUUCUGCUCCUUCUGCCACCACAAGAACUCCUUCCCUCACUCUUACUCCAACAUCGGCGACACCAACCUCCCAGCCGAGCUUUUCCCGACUUAGAGCGCCGUUGAGUACGCCAAAACCGCCCACGGAAUUCCCAGUUCCGGCUCGAAUUCCCUGAAUUGGGCAAAUGGUUUGUCGUCAUCGUCGUCCUUGUCGUCUAUGGAUUCGUCGUCGGCGGCCUCGGUGUCGGAUGGGGAUUCGAGAGGGGUGAGGCCGGCGUUCGUGUUCGUUGUAGACGCUUGCACGCCUGUGGACGAGCUUAGGGUUCUGAAAAAUGAGCUCUUGCUUGUUGUGGAAAAGCUUCCGGAGACUGCUUUGGUGGGUCUGGUCACGUUUGAUUCGAUGGUUUGGGUUCAUGAUCUCGGGUUUUCGGAGUGCUCGAGGGCCGUGGUGUUUCACGGCGAAAGGGAGCUGUCAUCGCUUCAGGUCCAACGAUUUCUGGGCAUUAAGCGAACAAAGCAUCAGCAACUCGGAAAGAUGUCAGUUAAUCAAAAGCAGGGCUUUUUGCUACCUGUUUCUGAAUGUGAGUUCAACAUCACAACUGCAAUUGAAGAGAUCCAUUGUUCACUUCAAGUCAAGUCCGGUCAUCGCCCGCGAAGGUGUACAGGAGCAGCAAUAGUAGCUGCACUUGGACUUCUGGAAGGAUGUUCAGGGAGCACGGGUUCCAGGAUCAUGGUAUUCACAUCUGGACCUGCAACUUUGGGCCCAGGAAUAAUCGUCAAUUCAGAUCUUAGCAAGUCCAUCAGAACUCACCGAGACCUCAUCAGUGGUCAUACCCCUUACUAUAGUAGAUCUUCCAGCUUUUAUAGGCAAGUGUCGCAGAGGUUAAGUGAUGCAUCUAUUGUUCUCGAUAUGUUUGCUUGUUCUCUUGAUCAAACUGGAACUGCAGAGCUGAAGGUCCCUGUUGAGAAGUCAGGUGGUUUCAUGUUGCUAGGUGAGUCAUUUGCUUCAAAUCAAUUCAGAAAAUGUCUGAGCCACAUUUUUACUCGUGAUGAAGGGGGAUAUUUGAAGAUGUAUUUUGAUGCAACUAUUGAGAUAGUGACCACUAAAGAUAUUAAAAUCUGUGGAGCCCUAGGUCCUUGUGUAUCUCUUCGUGAAGUCAACGAUUUAGUGAGUAGCAGUGAGAUUGGGGAGGGUGGUACCUAUAUGUGGAAGUUGGGUACAAUCACCAAUAAAACAUGCAUUGCUUUUUUAUUCCAAGUGAAUGAUGAGCAGAAAGUUCAACCUGGGUCGGCAUUUUUGAUACAGUUCAUAACACGAUACCGUCAUGGGAACAUGAGAAUCCGGAAAAGGGUAACAACUGCAGCAAGAAGAUGGGUUGGAGGCCGUUCACCAGAAAUUGCUGCUGGGUUUGAUCAAGAGGCAGCAGCUUCAGUGAUAGCCAGGCUUGCUAUUCACCGAGCUGAGAAUUGUUUCGCUCGAGAUGUUAUCAGAUGGUUGGAUGACAAAUUGAUCCGCUUUGCUUCCAAGUUUGGAGACUAUGCAGAGGAAGAUCCAACUUCCUUCCGCUUGUCAUCCAACUUCUCCCUCUUUCCUCAGUUCAUGUAUUACUUGAGGAGGUCGCAGUUUAUUGAUGUCUUCAACAGUAGUCCUGAUGAGACUGCUUUCUUCCAGCUGAUGCUGAAUCGCGAGGGGGUGGUGGGUUCUCUUAUCAUGAUCCAACCCACGCUUUUCCAAUACUCCUUUGAUGGUCCACCUGUUCCAGUCCUCCUAGAUGUCCGCUCCAUCUCUCCAGAUGUUAUCUUGCUCUUUGACUCAUAUUUUCACGUGGUUAUUCAUUACGGGUCCAAAGUUUCUCAGUGGAGGAAGCUUGGGUAUGACAAGGACCCAAACCAUGAGAAUUUGAGGAAGCUGUUGGAAGCCCCGGAAAUUGAUGCAGAGCAGUUGAUGGCUGACCGAGUUCCUGCACCAAAGUUUAUUAAAUGUGACCAGCAUGGUAGCCAGGCAAGGUUUCUUCUUGCAAAGUUGAAUCCAUCUGUUACUCAGAAUUCAACAUACACUGACGGCUCAGAUAUUAUUUUCACUGAUGAUCUGAGCUUGCAAGUAUUUUUAGAUCACUUGCAGGUCCUUGCAGUGCAAGGCUGAUGAAGAGGGGCACUGUAUAUAGAUUUUCGAUUUUCUGUCGUCAUACAAAAGGAAGUUUUGUGUAUAGUUUUGAAGAGAAAAAGGCGUACUUUUGAUAAUGAGUCAUAUUUUUUUUCGGGUAUCUGUUAUCAAUACAUGAUCGACAUUAUCGACAAAAUGGCACGUUCAAAUGACUGAAAUUCUACUGAUAUUUAAACGAAAUGGGCAAUUGAUGCUUGUAUUUCUUCUA